AUGGCGUUGCCUAAUCAGCAAACAGUUGAUUAUCCUAGCUUCAAGCUUGUGAUCGUCGGGGACGGUGGCACAGGAAAAACAACUUUCGUCAAGAGGCAUCUUACUGGAGAAUUUGAAAAGAAAUAUGAACCAACUGUUGGUGUGGAAGUGCAUCCAUUGGAUUUCUUCACAAACUGUGGCAAGAUUCGUUUCUACUGCUGGGAUACUGCUGGUCAAGAGAAGUUUGGUGGUCUCAGAGAUGGAUACUAUAUCCAUGGGCAGUGUGCGAUUAUAAUGUUUGAUGUUACUGCUCGACUGACAUACAAGAAUGUCCCUACUUGGCACCGUGAUCUUUGUCGGGUUUGUGAAAACAUCCCAAUUGUUCUUUGCGGAAACAAGGUUGAUGUGAAGAACAGGCAAGUGAAGGCCAAGCAGGUUACUUUUCACAGGAAGAAGAAUUUGCAGUACUAUGAGAUUUCAGCUAAGAGCAAUUACAACUUUGAGAAGCCUUUCCUGUAUCUUGCCAAGAAACUUGCAGGUGACGCUAAUUUGCACUUUGUCGAAUCUCCUGCACUGGCUCCACCAGAAGUUCAAAUUGAUAUUGCCUUACAACAAAGGCAUGAAAAUGAAAUUCUCAAAGCUGCUAAUCAACCACUCUACCCCACGGCUACCACUCCAUCUCUCUCUCGCCACUGUUAA